GAACGCCUUCCGCUGCAGAAGAAGAUGAUGUCUCUCACUUUGAAAUGUUGUUUUCUCGUGGUGAAGACACUAACCUGACACUUGAGAAGUUUUCUAAAGCUCUCCGAGGUUAACAGUUUCACUUGUUUAUUAUAUUUACAGUUGGCCGAGGUGGGAUAAGAGGUGUCUGGUCCAAUGUCGAGUCGGUUCAUUGUGUUUGUGGAUGGUUGAGCUAGCUGUUUUUAGCUAACAGUGAUGUCCGCGUCGUGGACAGAGCGCCAGGGACAGGUGGGAGACCUGAGACACCAGAGCAGAGAGGAGCUGAAGGAGCUGCUCCUCAGACAGGAGAAGAUACUCAACAACAAGAGGUUGUUACAGACUCUUCCUGACAAAGGAAAAAAAAUAAGAGAAUUUGCAGAGAAAGUGCACCUUGCUAUUGAACAGCGUGAUGAAGAAGAGAGAAAGCAAAGCUUGGUGUCUGCUGCCAGGACUGAGUUACAGUCCAGGUAUCAGCAGGCUUUCACUAGGCAACAAUGUGCUACAGGUGACAUGAUACAGGAGAUCCACGUCUCACCUGUUGCAGCUCACACGCAGGAACACAAAUAUCUGGACGAGCAACAGGAGCAGCGUAUGUCCGAAGCAACUGCUGAAGAAACCAUGGAGACUGGUGCCAGGGCCUCCCUGAACUCUGACGAGACAAAAGAAGGUGACCUUGUGGAAGCCUUGGAAAGGGUCAGACUCUCAGAGACUGCAAGUACUGGUUCCAGUAGUGUGACCAAAGACCCAUUAAAAAGCACACCAAAAGACAAUUACUUUCUCAGAACGCAAAUACCAGAUAAGCCUCAUUACUUAACUGUCCUGGAGAAAACAGAGACACUUUCAGCCUCAGUGAAGCAAAAAUUCAAACCAAAUCAGUUGCCCAACAGAAGUGACGUCUCUCCAUCAGGAUCUUUGUCACCCAGCCCUUCUUCUGAAGGCCUCUCCUCGCUAUCAGCUCAAGCCCGGAAAGAACGGGACAAAAAACACCUGGACGACAUCACUUCUGCCAAACUACCGCCUCUUCAUCACAAACCAGCCCAACUUCUGUCUCUCGACCAGUCGGUCGUCCUCCUGAAGGACCAGACAAAGAAACAACAGGAGUUGCAGGCCAAGCUGGCAGCCCAGAAACUGUCUGAGGGAUUGAAGAUCUCUUUGGGGAGCUACACUCCUGACGGCGGCCCCAUGGCUGCCUACAGAGAGGUUCACGAUGAGGGAGCCCAGCUCUCCUCAGACGACGACUGAUCCUGAAGGCCAGAGCUGGGGAAACCGGGGUGACCUUGGCCCUGAGAGAAACAGGCUUUGGACCUCGCAAUCAGGACCCAUCAAGCAGGAUUUCCACUCCAAGGACAAGAAUUCUCCGAGAGGAAAAGGGUCUUUGCCUGGUGUGACGGCAGCUCAGGAGACUGAAUGGCAGGUUAAAAAACUAGCUUAGUUAAGUGUCUUUCAGUUGAGUUCGGGCUCUGUUGUUCAUCUGUCCUGCAGGAAUAAUAACACCUGCUGCUGACCAAGAGGCUUACAUUUGAAUAAUUAUCUCCAGUCUGAAUAAUGAGGGGGAUUUUUCUCAUCAUUAUACUUGAAUAUUAAAGAUGUUGCUCACUAUCGAUGGUGUUUUGAGCCUCAGUUAAGUUUUGCAUGUUCAAAACUGUAUUUGAUUUGUUAGUAAUUUUACACGCCAUGAGGGUGUUUGCAGUUUGAGGAAGGAAAGACGAUUUUUCAGCAGUUACUGAAAUUUUUGUACCUUUUACUUUCUGGUGUGAGCGUACAUGAUGUCAGUUUUACUUCAGGUAAAAUUUACCUGAAUAUCCAACAGUAGAUUCAUCAAUAUCAAUAUUAAGGUUCAUACACUGUGAUAAAAUCAUAUAAAACAGGUAGAGCUGACUUUUUAUCUGUUUUCAGCUUUCACCAUAAAAUCGAGCAGGGAGUUGUUUCAGAUUUGGAUACAGUUUGUAAAAGAACCUAAUAAAUUCAUCUGAU